AUGGGAUUAUCCCGACUGUGGCUGCUCUGCAUCGUGUUCUGGGACGCUCCACUCACCACAGCUCUCGUUCUCCAUACAUGGUCCGAGGGGUUAGAAGAGUCGGUCCUCUGCAGCUGGUCUUAUGAGAACCUGACCGUGUCCCGGAGGGCGUUCUGUAGAGGCGACUGUCAGCAGGACAUGUUGGUGCAGACGUCAGACCUUGGACCUCAGACUCAUGGCAGAUACAGCAUCAAACACCAGAUCCAGGGCUCUCCUCCAGAAGACACGAUCACUGUGACCAUCUCCAACCUGACCCCGAACGACUCGGGCCAAUACGGCUGCCUCUGGGAAGGCUCAAACCGAAUGAAUUACCAAGAGUUCAAAGUGGAGGUUACAGAUGGCAACAAAAUGCAGAACUUCCCCUCACCCCCCACACCAUUUUCUUCUCCAUUCUACAAUCCCAACUACACCCACUACUACAACCUCUACACCACCCCCUAUGACGACUAUGACUACUACUUCUUCUAUUACACUUCUUGA